ACGUUCGAAGGUCAAGCAAGAGAUGCAAGUGAACCUAGAUUCGAUUACGCUUGGCCAGCUCAGGGCUAUGGUAGGCUCUGCCCCGAAGCCAAAGCAAUCGUAUUAUGACUUUCGUUACGACGAUGAAGACACCGUGUUGAACGAGAUCGAGGAGUUCUACUCUUACGUGGAAAUGCCACAGGUAGCAGAGAACCUUAGGGCAUGGGAGGGGUCUUUUCCGGGGAAGUGGAUAGACAGCACGUUCAGCCAAAGGAAAUCGCACGUGGAACGUUUACUGGAAGGUCUCGAACAUCGAGAUGCCGAGUUCAGAUUUACCAACGCUCGGAGGCUGUUAUAUGUCCUUCAAGGUACUUUCGCGGAGACAUCGUCGCCUGAACAUCAGUUGCAUUGGAUUGUCGAGAACUGCAAAGCGGUUCGGGCCGCCAAUGGUGUCAGCGAUAUUGUCGAGGCCAUGAAGAUAGCAUGUUCAAAGCACGAUCUUCUAUGUAGUCUCUCAGACCAGGACGCCGCGCAUUUUAACAUCUCUGUGCAAGAGAAAGCUGACUUCAUGGAAGAGGUCACGACGGAACUUUCUGUCUAUCUGGGCAUGCUGUACCACAUGGUGGAAGUCUUCAAAGGUCAUGACGAUUUCGCGGACGAAUUGAUGAGUCUAGAACCACCUCUGCCUGUGUACCUCUUCAACGUGGUCGCUGGUCUCAAAGAUAAGAGCGCCAAAGGAUACCCCGUGAAGAAGCUCCUACUCGUUUUAUGGAAGUCAAUCCUCACUUGCUGCGGGGGCAUUCGUGAGCUUGCCCGAGUCAAGAAGCUUACCCGGGAGCUAGCUGGACUUGGUCCCGUCCCUGAUGAAGCUAUACCAAUAAAGGCAUCUCCACUAGACAUUGAGGCGUUCCACCAAGAGAUCUCCGUCAAAUAUCCGACAUUCGCUCCUCACAAGCAGCAUUCUGACCUGGACCAGGUUCUAGCUCCAACUCCUGUGCGCACGUCGAAGCUUGCGGAAGCGUACUCUCCGAUACCCGUUCGACACCAUUAUGAGCAUGACGAAUCGGAAACUUCCCAUCCUGGGCUGCCCGUUGGGCAUCCGCAUGGCCCGCCGUAUCAUCCAAACCAAGCCGGCUCCGGAUACAGGAUCCCUCAGCCUGCGACACCUGCGCCAACCCCUCCACCGUCGCCAAAACCUAAGAAACAGCAGUUCCAGACGGACCAGGCAAGACCGUUCUUGUUUCCCUUUUCGAGGAGUACCUGGGCGCGUCGACGAGGUAACUCACUGGUUCCUUACGCCAUCGAUGAGGCGGACAAUCUCUACCACAAGCACAUGUAUGUUAGCUUGGCGCUGUGGCAGAUGUGGCGAACUAGGGAAGAAUGCAUGACGGCCGAAAGCGGACUUCAACGAAUGCCCGGGACCGAAAGAGUCUUCGAGCCGAAGGUGGCGCCUAGCGAUGACGAAGCCUCCGAAACCUUGCCGGAUAUCGCCCAUCUGGACUCCAUGAUUGCGGCGGCCGAAGGAGUUAUGGCGAAGGCUGAGACAUCUGCGGAGAAGAGGAAGGCAAAAGAGAGGAAGGAGGAUCUUAUGCGCCUGAAACGUGUGGAACAAAUAUACAGCGCAGUACUGCCCGUGCUGUCUGGUUGGGUCCUAGUUUUACUCAAGUUACUCCUGGCAACAGUGACCGCUUCGGCGGGCAGCGCUCAGCAGCCUAACGGCGGCUUUCCACCAGGCGUCUCGUCACCUCUUGAUGGCCCUCCGCCGCCUCCGCCAAGUUUAGAUGACAUCGACGUGACGCGACAUCGAGAAAUCACUUCCAAGGCGGUCUCCGCGAUCUUGCUUCUCACGCUGAAAUGGUUCAAGGUCUCCCAUGUGAUGAAAUUCCAUCACCUGGGUCAGAUCCUCUUGGACACCAACUGUCUGUUACUAAUUUUGAAGAUGUUUGGGCUGCAAGAGGUUGCUACAACCGUGGUGUCGAAAGCCGACGCAUCAGACAACAAUUUCUUCCGCUUUUGUCAGCUACAUUUCUCCAGCAACCCGCAACAGACUCGGCCGGAAGAUGACAUGCUCAAAGCGCCAAGACAAACUAUUACCAGAGUGACGACGCUUCCCAGCGGCGAGAAACGCGAAGAAGAGGUCGAUUUGUUAACUGACUUUUCCUGGCGGAACUUUUUCUCCACGAUCAACUUCGCUAAGAUUAUGCAGAAGCUGUCCAAGCACCGCUCACACCGGAUACGAAUGCUUGUCCAGUACAAGAGCUCAGCUGUCCUCAAACGUAUCUUGAAAGUGCAGCAUCCGAUGCUGCAGCUGCAUGUACUUAAGCUGAUCAAAAGUCAAGUUCCUUUCUGUGGGCGAAAGUGGAGGCAGUCCAACAUGCAGGUCAUCACCUCUGUGUAUCUCAAUUGCCGUCCCGAUCUCCGCGACGAAUGGUUGACUGGAAUUGAAGUUGAUGAUGUCUCAGAUUCACAAGCGCAGGAACAAGCCUUGCGACACCUCGUCAAGUUCUACAACACAAAGCGAUACGGCGCCGCUGCGCCGCAACAUUCCACUGGUGGACACCGCCGCUCGAUGAGUCUCUCGCAACACCUCGAGGGUCUCCACCCAGGUCCCGAGCUGUCCGGCAUCAUCCGGCCGGUGGGGACGCCAAACACGACCGACGUGGACGUUUUCCCACCACUCCGUGCCCACGCACCGGACCCCACGAUAUUUCUGCCGUACGUCACGGAGGACAUCGCAUUCGAGGAGGAGUAUGAGGAGUACUUGUCCGACAUUGGCUGGUCAGACUCGCAGGGCUCGCCAGGCGGCUACUCCGGCGGGAUGUCCGCUUGGAGCCGCCUUCCCGAGCUGGCAUCGGACAUAUCGGAUAGUAUCAGCGACAGUGAGAGUAUCGAGGCUAUUGGCGAGCUUGGAGACGAGGCGCGGCUGGAGCUUCGCGACCGUGAGGACAAGGACAUUCCCGAUGAGAACUUGAAUAAUUGGGAGCACAUGAGCCCGAAGACUAUGGCUGCCCUGGCCAAGUCGCCGCAUGGCGGUCGUCGCUCGAGUUCAGGCAAUGGCUUACGCCCUGUGCUGCCUUUCGAGCUCGACGACAGUAGCGCGAUCGAGCUUGACGCAGAUGACGACGAGUCCGAGCUAGGGCCUAUGCCGAAGGAGCCGUCCGGUCCAUUCCAGGCUGGUGCGGGUGUCGAUGAAGUCGAGUAUGCUUACGGCGUAUAAUCUGAGCCGAUCAACCGAUUGCCGAGUGGGGGGCAUGACGCAAUGCCCGGAUUGUGUUGCUUCUCGAACUACGGGGCUAAUAGCAUAAUUGGAGAGGAUACGGGAUCAAUGCAUGCCAGAGCAUAUAUCACUAGAUCGAGACACGCUAUGACUAUUCAAUACAUGGCCCUUUGUCUGGAAAUUGCCCAAGGUGUGCCUGCUGCAUAGAAAUCCAUUGGAUAAAUGCUCUCCUUCGUCUUCCCGUCAUCGCACUCUUCCAUCCAGCCGACCGCCUUGCCUACUGCCACAGCAGUUUCAUAGGGACUGAGCAGGGGCUUGUCAAAAGCAUACCCCCAAUCUAUUGACAGCCGCGGACACGAUGUCUGCACGAACGUCGAGAUAUGCGGGCUGAAUAACGCGAGCUUCGCGGGCGAGAGCUCAGAGAGCAGGAUCGGCAUGUAUGGGAUGGGCUUGCGGGAGGACGAGAGCUGGUGUGUGAUCGCUUGUAGCUGCUUGAAGCUGCCCUGGCGGCCAAGCGUGCCAAGGACGACGCCCCAAAGCGGGUGCUCUUCCUUCAAGGGACGAGCAACUUCUUCGUUAUCUUCGAGUGAUGGGAAGGCGUCGAUGCUCCGUCGUGCAGCUUGCACGGCCUCGUGCCGGACGGCCCGCAUUUCGCUGUGGUUGUAUCGUUCGCGGGUGAGCUUCUUCGAAUAGGGAUCAUACCGGAAGGCAGGCACUGUGGGGUUGGCAAUCAUGAUAGACUCUAGGUGGAAACGUCCAUCACCGAGAUAGCUGAUUGUACGUCAU